UCAUACUGAAGAAUGUAAACCCUUGUACAGUGGCGUUCCUGUUUCAGCUUUCAAAUCAUCUAAUUGUGCGUCUCAAAAUGGAGGCUACUUCAAUCAGAAACAUCACGUCGGGGGAAUGUGACCAGCACGUGACGACAUGACUGACAGGUGUUGCAGACUUUAGCACUUUUUUUUUUUUUUUUUUUUUUCCAGAGACGAGAAAUAUUUCGCUGGUUCAGGAGUUCCAAGCAUAUCGUGCCUUUAAAUGACAGACCCCACAGCAAAGACAUGCUGUAAGUGGGACAUAACAGAGCUGGAGACGGUGUCACCAUGAAGGGCUCCAGCACCAGGUGGGCCUUCUCCCUUGGCUUCCUGGUGGGGGCCUGCAGCGUCUACUUCUUCCUGGGCCAGGUGUGGUUCGAGAGGAGCUACCCGGUGCUGUCAGAGGCGCAGGAAAAAGCCAGCACAGUGGGUGCGACGCCAACCGGCUGGAGGAAGGAAGGAGGCGCUCUCAUCAACCUGCUCCACCCUCAGCAUGCAGAUGAAGACAGUCGGGUAGCAGAUCUGUUGUACCAGAAGGUGCGCGUCCUCUGUUGGGUGAUGACCGGGCCGUAUAACCUCGAGAGCAGGGCCCGCCAUGUCAAGGCCACCUGGAGUCGCCACUGCAAUGUGGUGGUGUUCAUGAGCUCGGUGGAGGACCCUGACUUCCCCGCAGUGGGCCUGGGCACUAAGGAGGGCCGGGACCAGCUCUACUGGAAGACCAUCCGGGCCUUCCACUACGUCUACGAGCACCAUGCGGAUGAAGCAGAUUGGUUUUUAAAAGCAGACGACGACACCUUCGUUGUAGUGGACAACCUGCGCUGGAUUCUGUCCAACCACACCCCCGAGGAGCCCAUCUACUUCGGCAAACGCUUCAAGCCUUACACCAAGCAAGGCUACAUGAGUGGAGGGGCUGGCUAUGUGCUCAGCAAAGAGGCCCUUAGGAGGUUCGUGGAGGGUUUCCGCACCAAGGUUUGCACACACACCACGCCUGUAGAGGAUCUGGCGCUGGGGCAGUGUUUAGAGAAGAUGAAUGUUCUGGCGGGAGAUUCAAGGGAUACUUUGCACCGAGAAACAUUUCACCCAUUCGUGCCAGAGCACCACCUCACUGGCAAGUUCUCCAAGAGCUUCUGGUACUGGAGCUAUUGUUACUACCCAAUUGUUGAGGGUCCACAGUGCUGCUCGGACCUGGCUGUAUCCUUCCAUUAUGUAGAACCGGAGCUGAUGUACACACUGGAGUACUACACCUACCACCUGAGAGCGUACGGCUACAGGCCCCGCUACCGGCCCUCUGUGCGCCACUAUAAGAACCUACACGCACUCUCACAGACAGCCGUGACAACGCGACUCAAAGCUGCUCAGGAGGUGACGAACGGGAGGAAUCACACUUCAGCCUUCUCUGUCAGAGGAAACCAAACUAAAGCAGAGACUAAGUCAGAGACUGAGGCGAGACAUGACACUCUCAAGUCUCGGCCGUUCACUGGGAACAGAACUGAAGGAACUCAAGGAUGAGUGUGUGUUCUUCAGCUGAGGUUGAAUAUACUUGAUUUUUUUCAGACAGGUGUAUUUAACCGUGCGCUGCUUCUUUUCUUCUGUUAGGCCUUCACUGAUCACAGCAUACAUCAGCCAGUAUUAGACUAUGAGAAUGAUAGUGUGAAAGAUUUCAAUGUGAGUAUGAUUAUCUGGCAGAACCAGGAUAUAUAUUUGGUUUGAUUUUAUUUUGACACCAUCAGCAUUCUAUUAAUAAAAGUGAAACUUUGUUUGUCAGAAGAGGAAGUGAUGCAGAGAGUAUUAGUUUAAUUGUUUCUCAUCUAAGCCAGUGAUACAGCACAAUGACAGACAUUUGAAGGUGUUUUUUAAAAUCAUUAUUCAUUUGUUAUUGUUCUUGAAAUGGAGAGAAAUGACACAUUGUUAUACAACAUCUGUUCUGCCAAGGAGUCCAGCAGAAGACUGUAUGUGUCACACUGAAGAAUCUUUUCUUUCUUGCAUCUUUUGAUUUUAUGACUUAAAAAUGUGAAUAUUUGUGAACGCCUUUUUUUCUCUGAGGAAACUUUACAAAAAGGAUUCAGCCAGCAGGGGUGCGAUGAUUGGUUGAGAGAAGCAUCAGCCGUGUUUCAAAAAUGUUUGUUCUUUUCUUACGCUUUAACCAUGUGAGACGCUCUGAUGAGUGAAACCCUUUGUGCUUUUUUACGCUGUAGCAUCUGAUAAACACAGAAUCAUACAGAACUCCAGUGAAUCCCUCCUCUCAAGUCAUUUCAUGAACCCCAGCAAGUGAACACUGUAGCAGGUGAGAUUGAACAUUUCUGUCUGCGCUGGAGCUGAGAGAAUAAACAACAGCUGCAAGAAACUGGACAGACAUUUCAAAUGAAUCAGAUACUGUAUAAAAAAGUUAUGUUUAUUUUGAAGUUUGGAGAGAAAUGAAUAACAUGGUAAAGACGUUGUAUGAGAUGGCAUCACUUCUAAUCAUGUUUGUCUUCAGAUAAAUCAAAUACAAGCUGCGUAGAUUAUGAAUGCUUUCAUGAGCCAGCUGGCAGGUUUACAGUGUGAACCGUGUCUUUAAAAGUGGUUUUCAUCAGA